AGCAUGCAACGCGGCGCCUCUACGGUCGGCGGGGGGAGGGUCGUGUUCCUGGUUUGUAGCGUAGCCUCCAGAAAAGGGGCCGAACGACUUGUCGCUGUCCGUCGCCACCGCGCCGUGUUUCCCCGUCGUGCUUCGUGAGCAUGAACAGCGGCGGCUCCGCGGCGGCUCCCGCGAGGAGACCGGCGGUCCCCGAUAAAGUCGACAUGUCGCUGGACGACAUCAUUCGGCUGAACAGAAAAGAGCAGCAGCUCAAGAGGAGGCAGGCCACCGUGAGCCGCCGACCCGUCAGGAAGAAGGGCCGCUUCCCCCAAGGAAAGGGGGUCUCAGGUCCGGUCCAGAGAGGAAGUGGAGUACCCCGAGGAGGAGGAGCACCAAAGUUAAGGAACCGACGGGUCGCUCCCCCGCCGGGUCUACGACGGGGUCAGGGGGUCAUCACAGGGCUGGCAGCCAGGAGGCCCACCGCCCUGCUCAAACGAGUGGGCACACUCAACAGAGCAGCGAUCAACCAGAAAACGAGACAGAAACCGAGGCCCUUCUUUCAGCGCACCGACGUCCCGUUCAGGAAGCCGGAGGUCCAGAGGCGGCUGUACAGGCAGCCUGAUCCGCAGAGGAGCCAGAACGCAGCGUCUGUCAGGAGACCGUUUCAACUGCGACGGCGACCACUGCCACCCGUCCAGCAGACGCGUAGGGAAGCUCGCCAGGCCACGUUUCUUGUUCGUAGGGGACUCAAGGUACAAGCCCAGGUGCAAAAGACAAAUCCUCACUCCCCUCCGGUCAGAACUCGCCAGUGGCGCACAUCGACAGCCAGCAGCGGACUCUUGACUGUUUCUAUAGACAAUCCUACAGCCAGGACUCAGCCUGAGCCUCCCACUGCCUGGACCCUUCACCCCCCGGCUGUCAGCUCUGCUCCCGUCAAAGGAGAAGAGGUGGAGAAGAAAAUCCCAAAAGGAGUUCCCCUACAGUUUGACAUUAACAGCGUUGGCAAACCGCAAACAUCGAUGACUUUGAACGAGCGAUUCCGCAUCAUGAAAGAUCAGCGCACCACCACGGCCCAAAGCACUAAAGGCAGCAGAUUUGUCACCGUGGGUUAGCCAGCAAAUAGACUAUGACGACGAGUAAAACAAACUGAAGCUCCCGUUCAGACCCACGCGGAGAACCCCACCUCUCGAUGGAGGGGACAGUGCGGACCCACUCAUUGACUUUGAAAGAGGGAGGGAGGGAGGGGGCGGGCGGGCAACAGAUGAGUACAAUGUGCACAACUGCUCAAGUGUCAAUGGAAGAGUUGGUUUAAAACAAGUCCCCAUUCAUCGUUCAUAUCAUUGUAUGCAGCUGUUUGAAUUGUGGAUGUCCUACACCAGGAAGGAAAGAGCUUUUUUUUUCUCCUGCCUUUUGGACUCGGAAGUUACUCUAUUGUGAAGACUGAUUGAAAGUAUUUCUUUUUCCAGAGGACUAUGUAUUUGCUAGGGUGGCACGUUUGUUGUCGAUACCUGUUUUUGAGAAUUGUUUUGUAACGUUUCCUCAAAUAAAUGAGUUUCUCUUUAACAAUUUGAAA